UAGCUCCAUUUUUUCCAUCCAAUAAGUUUGAAGAGUUCAAAGAUGUUAAUAGAUUUUACAAAGUAAGCACUAUCAUACAGAUGCUUAAUUUUGUUGCUGACAAUGAGAAAAAGGCAAAAAUGGUUGAAACCCUAAUUUUAGAGGCUAAGAUUAGAUCUGAAAAUCCUGUGUACGGGAGCAUUGCCAUACAAAAUAAAUUGAGGAUACAGAUUGAAGAAACUAUGAAGGAGAUUGAUUUAGUGAAGAAAACAACCGUUUAUUUCAAAGAAUUGCGUGAAAGACCAUUCUGGCCCAAGAAAAAUGAAGAAACUUCUACAAGUGGCACACAAAGCUUUCAAGGGCACAAGUCUGACUCGACUUUGGAAAAAGCUAUGAGCAUUACUGCGAAUCUUUCCAAUCAAGAUGUGGAAAAAAAUAGGGGUCAUUUCAAUGACAAUGACGGGACCUAAGAAACACUGGAAUUUGCAAUGAAGAGGAGAUGAAGAUCAUAAUUUCUAUAUAUUAUGAUUUUAAGAAAGUUGAUUUUGAUGACGUAAAAUGAUAUCGUAUAAAGUUUAUUGACGAUCAUGUCCUAGUGAUGAAAUUAGAGAGAACAUAAAAAGUUGGAGAAUAUUUCAACAUUACAAUCUCGUUGUGUUGUUAUUUAAAUAGUUUCUGCUCACAUG